AUGCACUCACGUGUUGCUGCAGUGAAGGCACCCCGCACACACAACCGUCGCUGCGUGACCGGAUCCAGCGGAAGGAGGAGGGAAGGAAGAGAGAGUGAGCCGCAGAGGCCCCACAUGUCCCGGCAUCACUUCUGUUCCGCGGUGCUGCUUCUCCUUGUCAUGAUGAUGUGCUGCGGCACUGGAGGGGCUGCAUCCAGUGGGGUGACGGCGCCAGCACAGAUACCUCCACCAAAGACAUAUUUUGAUUGGAGAGAUGUGAAAUUUGAAGAAACGGUGAGUUCGCUCCGUGUUCCGAGUCUUGUUGAGAUGAAUGGUGUUGUGUUUGCCGUUGCCGAGGCGCAUUGCACGGGAAAAAAAGAUACUGGUGAAGGCAGUUUUACUGGGAUUGCCUCGGAACUCCUGGAGUGGAAUGGUGAACAAAAAAAAGAGGAGUUGGAUAAAACUAAACUGAAGACACAAGUACUGGAUAAAUGUCCUUUUGAAGGUGGCAAUUGCCCCUCCCAAAACGCUGCUGAAGAACGUGUUUCCCAAAGCGAAACGAAAGUACAUGUGAGCCGACCAACAACAGUUGUGGAGGGAAGUGAUAUUUACAUGCUUGCUGGGAAAUACAGCAAUAAAGGUGCCUCUGAUGAUCAGGCAGGUGACUGGGGACUUUUGCUGGUGAGUGGGAACGUCAGUACUGUUGACAGUAAAAAACGAAUUUAUUGGAAUGAUACUUACGGUCUCCCGUGCGCCUUUUUUGAAAAACAACACGAAUCCUUAACGCAGCUGACUAACGGCGGUGGAUCGGGUAUUAAGAUGAAUGACGGCACGCUUGUGUUCCCUGUGGAAGCCACGAAAAAGGCAAAUAAUAUGGAGGAGGAAGUAAAGACAACGACCGUUUCGCUGAUCAUAUACUCCUCAGACAUUGCGAGUUGGACGCUGUCGAAGGGGAUGUCUGGCGAUGGCUGCAGUGUUCCCUCCGUCGUGGAGUGGAAGGGAAAACUCAUGAUGAUGACUGCGUGUGAUGAUGGCCGCCGCAGGGUGUACGAGUCCGCUGACAAGGGGGAAUCGUGGACGGAGGCACUCGGGACACUCUCGCGCGUGUGGGGCAACAAACACAAGGGACCUGCGAAGGGCGUUACAAGCGGGUUCAUCACAGCGACGAUUGACGGUGUUGAUAGUGAUAAGAGGAAUGUGAUGCUCGUCACUCUGCCGGUGUAUUCCGAGAAGGACGGCAAGAAAAAGGGUAAACUCCAUCUUUGGCUGACGGACAAUACGCACAUUGUUGAUAUUGGGCCGGUAUCCGGGAAGGAAGAGGACGCUGCCGCCAGCUCCCUGUUGUACAAAAGUGGGAAUAAUAAUAAUAAGUUGAUUGCACUGUACGAGAAGAAGAAGGAGGGCGAUGAGGAUACAGCAUCACUCGGUAUGGUCUCUGCGCUUCUGACUGAGCAGCUGCAACGGGUGAAGGAGGUGCUGACGACGUGGAAGAAAGUGGACGAACGCGUCUCCAAGCUGUGUCCCACUGAGAGUGUUGGGAGGGAUACCUCAACUGGCACUACCUGCACUACUGAUGUUAAGAUCACGGAUGGGCUGGUUGGCUUUUUGUCCGGCGACUUCUCUGACGACACAUGGAGGGACGAGUACCUCGGAGUGAACGCUACAGUAGCGAAGAAAGAAGGGGCUGCAAAAGCGGAAGAUGGUGUGAAUUUCCAGGGAGCGUGGGCGGAGUGGCCCGUUGGCAAGCAGGGGCAGACUGUGCCGUACUACUUUGCGAACUACAAAUUCACUCUUGUGGCGACGGUGUCCAUCGACGGUGAGCCAAAGGAGGGUACUAUUCCAUUGUUGAGUGUGCGUCUGGACGGAGAAGAGAAACAUAUGGAGUUGUCGUACGACAGCGAAAGCAAGUGGCAUGCACUGUGCGGUGGCGCACCGAUGUCUGAGAAGCUCAGCAGCACUUUGGGGGAAAAGAGAGCAGAUCACGUGGUAAUUUUGCUACGAAACGGCACCCAUGGCUCCGUGUACGUCGAUGGUGAGCGUGUGGGUGAAGUGCCGUGUGCGUUGGGAAAUACAGGUUCGAAAGAGAUCUCACACUUCUACAUUGGAGGGGAUGGAGGCAGCGCAGUGAGCACCGAGAGUCAAGAAGGCGUCUCUGUGACGGUGACGAACGUCCUGCUGUACAACCGUCCGUUGAAUGACGCAGAGAUUACUGCGAUUAACACAAACAAACAUUUUAUUCAAGGGCUGACAGAUCUGAAAAAUGUGGCACGAGAUACUCGUCCACCAGAAGUAGGCACACAAACUACGCUGGCAGCCGUGUCCGAGUCCACUCGUCAUGGGCAACAGCCGUUGAAACAUGAACCAUUGAAGGGAGAUGAAGGUGCGGGCAGUGGUGGUGCAUCCAAUUCUGCAGAGACCACUGUGACGACUUCUUCAGUGGGGAGUCAAUCUGCAGAGCAGUUGCCGUCGGGAGGAUCUCCCGAUGGAAAUAAAAAUGUGAAUGUCGAUUCCUCGUCUAAUGGUAACCCGGCGGUGGGGACAGUGGGUAGAGACACGACGCAGGGAAAUGGAUCACCUCAAACUCCUGUGGGUAAUCCCGACGCUGCAGCUACAAAAGCUCCUAACGCUGAAACCAUGGGGCAAGAUGGACCCACAGUGACACCCGAGGCGGGCGCGAGCUCUGGUGAGAAUGGGGAGCCAACGGAAGAAACAAAUGGGCAGGAGGAAGAGAUCCAUCCACAGGAAAGCGAAUUAAAUACUACGGCACUCAGCAGCAGCCUCGGAAAUUCUUUGCAGGGGAAUAACACCGACGCUGACACUGUGCGUGGGAGCGGACUGCUGCCAUCGCUGCUGCUUCUGGGACUGUGGGGGUUCGCGGCUCUGUGA